AUGAAGUCCCCUCUUCUUGUUCUUCUUCUUCUUUUCAUCAGAGUUGCCGCUAAGGAGCUUGAACCUCCUCGUUGGUGUCUCCCCAAACCGGGAGUUUCACCGGAGAAGCUUCAAAGUGUAUUGAACUAUGUAUGCUCCCAUAUGGCAUGUCCUCAGUCAAGCGAUCGCUGCUUCGCGUCGUACGAUCUCCCUGGAAGAGUCGGCGUAGUGAUGAAUCUUUAUUUCCAGACUUACGGUCGAACAGAGGAAGCCUGCUUCUUCGGUGGAGACGGGAUGAUCGUCACGACCAAUCCCGGCUACGGAGAAUGCGUCUACUACACCGCCUCAGCCGCUACCAUUAUCCCUCCAACGAUGCUUCUUCUUCUUCUUCUUUUCAAUUUGGUUUAG